GUAACCAGGCCCAGGCCAGUCACUCAGGCCCCAGGAGUCUUAGGAGGCUGCUCUCAAGCUCUGUUAAUGCCCGUGUGUGGCCCAAGACCUGGGGCAGCAGGGACUCGUGUCUCGUGACCACCCUGGGAGGGGGUGGGUGCGUGAGGCUACAGAAAUGACUCCUCCCUGGCCCGUGCUGGGCUAACACCUCGGAGCGCCAGACUCCCAGCCCUGUGCUGUAACCUGGCCUUGGGCCCUGCCGGUGCCAGGAGGAGCCUGCUGGCUCCUUCAGGGCAGGGGGCUGUGUGAAGGGGCCUGCUGCCACCAACAGUCCUGGCUCACAAGGUGCUGUGCACGGCCUGCUGCCUCCACAGCCCCCUCCCAGGCAGAGAGAGCAGCUGCUGAGUCAGGGAGGGAUUCCCAGUGCCUGGCCCAGGCCACACCCUGGGAGCAGCAGCAGGUCCCUGGAGAAGUGCAGCUGCCAGGAAGAAGAUGACGCACGCACCUGGGAACCUGCGCCUCCUCCCUGCCCCACCUCCUUUCCUUGCUCAUUACUUGGGGGCAGAAUCUUCCCAGCAGACAGGAAGGAGCCAUGCUCCAUUCUCAGGGAUCCCUCCAAGUGCGGCUUUGCACAGCUGCUGCGUGGACCCAAGGCUGAGUGGUGACUGCAAAGCUCAGUGCAGAUAAGAGCAGUUUCCUCCCGCUCUGCGGUGCUGCCAGGUGGCCGCUUUCUGACCUGACCCCGAAGUCCAGGCGCUCGGCAGGAGGAGCAGCCGGCUCAGGCAGAGCGCUGUGUGUGCGGAGGCUGCAGCCUCAGGCUGGGACAGGGGACCGGGAACCAGACCCACGGCUCUUGGAGAGCUGCGUCGGGAUCGCUGUGCAGCCAUUCGACUCUGGGUAAGAAGACGAGAAGGGGACAGGAGAUUGGCUCAGUGACAUGAUGUCCUCGACAGAGAGACCUAGCUCCACCCCGUCCCUUGCAAACACCUCCUGCGCCGUGGACUCUGAGUUCAGAUACACCCUCUUCACCAUCUUCUACAGCUUCAUCUUCAUUCUGGGCUUCAUUGCCAAUUGUUACGUGCUGUGGGUUUUCUGCCAGGUUUAUAAUUGGAGAAAACUCAACGAAAUCAAGAUAUUCAUGGUGAACCUGACAGUGGCUGACCUGCUUUUCCUGAUUACACUGCCCCUGUGGAUCAUCUACUACCACUCCCAAGGAGACUGGGUUAUGCCUUCGUUCCUGUGUAAUGUGUCUGGCUACUUGUUCUUUGUUAACACCUACUGCUCCAUCGCCUUCUUGACAGUCAUCACAUACAACCGCUUCCAGGCAGUGACCAAACCCAUCACAGCCGCCCAGGCCACCACCUGGAGAAGGGGUAUCUUCCUCUCUGCAGCUAUCUGGGUUGUGAUAAUGAGCAGUGGCUUCUAUUUCCUCAUAGACAGCGGCACUAACACCGAGAGCAGUAACCAUGGCAACGUCACGCGGUGUUUUGAGGGCUAUAACACCUCUGACAACGUUGGGACCGUCCUUGCUUUCCACAUUCUCAUCUUCGUUAUUUUUCUCUUCAUUUUCCUGUUUAUUCUGGUGUGUAACGUGUUCAUUAUCAGGACCCUGCUGAUCAAGCCUGUGCAGCUGCAGAAGAGCGCUCGUGUCAAGCAGCGGGCACUGUGGAUGGUGUGCACUGUCCUGGCUGUGUUCAUCAUAUGUUUUGUACCUCACCACCUCAAUGACCUGCCCUGGACCCUGACAGUCCUGGAGAAGUGGCAGACAAAAAACUGUUUGUUGCGCCAGCAGAUCAAUGAUGCCCAUCAGGUGACUCUGUGCCUCUUGAGCACCAACUGCAUGCUGGACCCUGUCAUCUACUGCUUCCUCACCAAGAAGUUCAGGAAGCACCUUUCCGAGAACCUGAAAAGCAUGAAGGGGAGUCGCAAGUGUUCCAGGCAAACCACUGAAACCGGGCUUGAGGGCACCAUGCCCAUCAAUGAACUCCCCACCCACCUUGCGAGGCACGAACAGUCCAGUCUUCUCCUGAGCAGGCCUGGGCCACUUGUGUCCCCAGCUUCCCCUCGCUAAGUCAGGCUGCAGAGGGACACAGCGGUGGGCCAUGUCUUUGGGGGAAAUACCAGCAUCCAGUUCCCCUGCCCGCAAUGCAGCCAGAGGACCAGGGACCCAGCAGGGGCUGCGGAGGCACCUUCUGACACAGCCUGAUGCUUCAUGAGACACUGAGCAGGGCUCAGUUUGUCUUGUCUGUGAAGAAAAAUGCCAUUGACCAUGAGCCCAUCCCCCUCCUUCUGUCUCCUCACGUGCCCUGUCACCACCUCACCCGUGGGAAACGCCAGGAGAGGCUGUGGUCUGAUUGAGUAACUGGGCUGGGGGAGGGGAGUCUGUGGAGGCAGGCGGCUGCUGUGAUGCACUGGAAGCUCUGUGGCCAAGACACAUUUUAAGGCCCCCAGGGACCAGUCUCUAGUUUGACUUGCUGCCCAUUGCGGGCUGGGGAACGUCACUUGUUCCUGGAUCUGGCCCAGUGGUGAACCGGCACGCGUCUUUCAGAAAGAGCCCUGACCUUAACGGACGCCUGCAAGUGACCGGCACUGAGAGCAAGUGAAUGGACCCCAAUGCCGCGUUACAUUGCCCCUACUUACUAGAGAUGCGACGGUAAACAGGCAGUGACUAUUGUCGAGAACAAGAGAAUGUUGCUGACUGCUCAUUUGCAGACCGUUUUAUCAUUAAUAAACAACCAACCUGUGCCUCGCCCCAGGGCCCCCACCUCACUCCUCAGCUGUGUCCAGUGCCAAAAUGCCAAGCUCAGGCAUUCAGUGCGGGAUGAAAGGGAUUGACCUGCUCCAGCUAGUCACGAUGGGCUCUCCGGAGGGUGCCAGGCUCGGUUACAGGCCAGAGACUCUCGAGGCUCCUUGCCAGCCCCGUGUUGCUCAGUACUGAACUUCCUUCAAGCACAGGAAGUGGAACAGGGUGGGAAACGUGGGUUGGUUCUUACAUGAGUUUCUGGUUCCUCAACUCCUCUAGAAAAAUUUCCUAGCUGGCGAUGGGAAAAAAUCUGCCAUGGUAACAUUUAUUUACUCCAGUUAACAGCUGUCUGGUGAUACCAGCUAGGGAACUGAUAGGGGAGUCUCUGCAGCACACUCCAAACCUCGCCAAUCAUCUGGUGUCAUGUUCUGCCCAUAUUUUGCAGGGAGCAUUCCCAGCUCUUGGAUUCCCAGAGCUCACUGGUGGCCACUGAACCGUUUAUAUCUGCGAGUGGGCCAUAAAGUUCAGACUUUUCUACUAUGGACCUCAGAGUGGUCACCCUUGUAUUCAGACUCUGCACUGCUGGACUUAGGGUUGCCAGGUGUCCGGUAUUGGCCCGGACAGUCCGUUAUUUGCAGCCUCUGUCCAGUAAAAAAAACAGAAAAUACCGGACG